AUGGGCGAUCUCGCUGAUCUUGUUUUACAGCUCUAUGACAUUGAAGCAUUUAAGUUUGGUUCAUUCAAACUUAAAACUGGUCUACAAUCACCGAUCUAUAUUGAUUUACGUGUAAUCAUUAGUUAUCCAGAUAUUCUUCGGUCAGUAGCUGUGCAUAUGAAUGAAAUAUUGAAACGUUCAAAUGUCAGUUUUGAUUCCAUAUGCGGUGUUCCAUACACAGCUUUACCAAUAGCUUCAAUUAUCUGUGCUGAUUAUAAAAGACCGAUGUUAAUUCGAAGAAAAGAAGCAAAAAAUUAUGGAACAAAAAAAUUAAUUGAAGGAAAAUUUCAAAUCAAUGAUCGAUGUAUCAUUAUUGAAGAUAUUGUUACUAGUGGUUCAAGUGUGAUUGAAACUGCAGAUAGUCUUCGUGCUGAAGGAUUACAAAUAACCGAUGCAAUUGUCUUUUUUGAUCGAGAACAAAAUGGUGAAAACAAUCUACAAAAAAGAAAUAUUCGAUUACACCGAGUUUUGAAAAUUUCAGAAGUUUUAGGAUAUCUUGUGCAACAUGGAAAAAUUUCUGAAGAAAUUUCGGAAAGUGUAAAAGAAUUCAUAAAUCAAAAUCAAACUCAAUUACCAACAUUAAACAUUGAGAUUGAAAAUAAAACUAUUAGUAUUCCUAUUCGUCAACGAUUUCAAACAAUUAUGAAAGAAAAACGCAGUAAUCUUUGUCUAUCGGCAGAUUUGACAAAUCUUGAUGAAAUUAUAAAACUAUCAAAACAAGUUGGAUCAAAUAUUUGUAUGUUAAAAAUUCAUUCUGAUAUUUUAACGGAUUUUUCUAUGGAUAAAAUUCAACAAUUGAAAGAUAUUUCAAGAAAAUUAAAUUUUCUAUUACUUGAAGAUCGAAAAUUCGCUGAUAUUGGUAAUACGGUAAAAUUACAAUAUACAAAAGGUCUUUUUCGAAUUGUUGAAUGGGCAGAUCUUGUUACAGUUCAUGCUUUACCUGGUGAAUGCAUAGUGCAAGGAUUAGAACAAUCAGCCCAAUCAAUCAAUGAACCUCGUGGUUGUUUACUCAUAGCACAGAUGUCAUCGAAGGGUGCUUUCACAGACAAUGAAGACUAUGUUAAAGGUGUAGUAGAAUGUGCUAAGAAAUAUUCUGCUUUUGUUAUUGGAUUCAUUUCUCAAUCACGUCUAACAACUACUGAUGAAUUUCUUCAUUGUACUCCAGGUGUUCAUUUGAAUAAUACUGGUGAUCAACUUGGCCAACAAUAUGUAACGCCACGACAAGCGAUCGAUGAACGUGGUGCUGAUAUUCUCAUUGUUGGUCGUGCUAUUCUUGAUUCGAUCAAUCGAGCUAAAACUGCUGAAGAAUACCAACAACAAGGUUAUCAAGCAUAUGAAGAAAUACGAAAAAUUUAA